CGGCAGAAUGCUCCACCUUAAGGCGGUGAAUAUAACUUUUUUCGGACAUAUUGCCGCCGCUCCAAAAAUUUCGGUGGAGGAAGAGAACGCUUUUGCGUCAAUUUCAGCACGCAAAUAUGCCGCCGUCGCAGUUGAAGCAGCUCAAGGCCUCUCUCCGUGAGAGCGGGGUGCUGAGGCCGCAGCAGUCUAAAAAGCAAAAGCAACAGGAUGCGAAGAGUGGCGCUGCCGCGCACAAUCGAAAUCAGCGCAACGCCGCUUUGCAGUCCAUUCGAGACCGUUUCAAUCCGUUCGAAAUCAAAGCGGGAGGCACGCGCACAAAAUUUGAUGUGACCACUCGAGAAGGAAAUUCAGGCACAGCUGCUUCGCGUGCGCGACCCGGUGUCACCAAGUCACUGGGAGAAGAAAAAAGACGUCAAACGCUGUUAAAGGAAAUGGAGAAGAGGAACAAAGUCGGUGGUAUUGUAGAUCGUCGUUUUGGUGAAGAUGAUCCGACUAUGACGCCCGAGGAGAGAGCCGCCGAACGUUACGCUAGAGCUAGUCAGCGCAAGAUGCGCAAGGAUUCGAUGUUCAAUUUGGAGGGAGAUGAUGAUGAUGAAGAAUUCACGCUCACACACAAAGGCCAAUCUCUGAAUGAUGUAGAGCAAGACGAUUUUCAAGAAGGCGACUUGGGCGAGUUAGAUGACGGUGCGUCGGAUUCCGAGGCAGCCCGGAAAAGAAAACGCGUUUUCACCGAUGAUGGCAACUUUGAUGGCAUGGAGGAUCUAGAAGAUGGGGAGGAGGAGCCUGAACGAAAGAAAUCGAAGCAAGAGGUUAUGAAGGAAGUUAUUGCUAAGUCAAAAUUCCACAAAUAUGAGCGGCAAAAAGCUAAGGAGGACGAUGACGAUCUCCGUGAAGAGCUCGACAAAGGGCUCCCCGAUCUCUUCGAAAUGUUGAGAGGAGUGAAACCGCCACCAAAGCCAGAACCUCCGAAGAGUGAUCUGGCAUCUAUGAACCCGGAUCGUGCUGCACUCCUGGAGGGUACGGCCAAGGGAGAUACCGAGAAGGAGUACGACCAGCGCCUGAAGCAAUUGACGUUCGAUAAAAGAUCCAGACCAACAGACCGCACAAAGACAGAAGAAGAGAAGGCUGAGGAAGAAGCAGAACGGCUGAAGAUCCUCGAAGAGGAGCGUGUCAGAAGAAUGCGCGGCGAGGAAUUAAGUGAGUCUGAAGACGAAGAGGCGGGGGCAGAUGAAGACGAAGACAAAGGAAGUGAGAUGUCUGAAGACGAAUCUAUUCCAGAUGAUGCGAAGGCUUUUGGAUUGCAUCAUCUUUCGGAUCAGACAAGUGCUCGUCCCGAGCUCGGCGUCGAAGAUGAGGAUGACUUUAUAAUCGAUGAUGACCUUGUUGAGAUGAGAUCCGAUGUUAGCUUAUCUAUUGGUGACAGUGAUGAGGAAGUAUCAUCUGCGGAUGAGUCAGGAGAGGAGGACGAAGAUGAGGAUGAACUUAUCAACGGCUUUACCCUUCCCGGUGGCAAAUCUGGAGAAACUCCCCCUGGAGCUGAUGCACAAGAAGCCAAUGAAGGAUUGGCAUACACAUAUCCCUGCCCGAAGGAUCAUGAAGAGUUCCUCCAGAUCAUCAAAGAUGUGCCCAUGCAGGACCUUCCGGUGGUUGUUCAGAGAAUUCGAGCUUUGUACCAUCAUCGUCUGCAUCCGGACAACAAGAUGAAGCUUGGCCGAUUUUCCCGUAUCCUCAUUCAACAUGUCGCUUAUAUGGCCGCACAGCCCGAACAUCCCCCCUUUGCUAUCUUAGAAAACAUCUUCCGUCACGUCCACUCCCUGGCAAAGAGCCACCCCGAGAGCGUCUCCCAAGAGUUCAGGGCUCGUCUACGUGAAAUCGCAACAGAUCGGCCCCUUAACCUUCGGCCAAGUGAUCUGGUCAUUCUAACUGGUAUUGCCACAACCUUCCCAACGUCUGAUCACUUCCAUGCCGUUGCAACGCCGGCACACCUGUGCAUUUCUCGGUACCUGGGACAAGGUUCUGUAGACACUCUCGCUGAUAUCGCAACGGGCGCUUACGCCGCAAGCCUGGUUCUUCAAUACCAAGCAGCUUCCAAACGCUACAUGCCCGAAUUUAUUAAUUACAUCUUGAACGCACUGUGCAACCUUGCCCCGGAGGAACCCAAGAGCAGUCUAGGACUCUUCCCAUCGCGGAGUCCCGAGGAAUCUCUACGAUUGAAGACCUCAAAAUCGGUGAAGUCAAGGAAACUCCAGUUCUGGGACGUUACCUGUCCGGAAUCAAGCCCAAAGGCCCAAGAAGAACUCAAGCUCUCUCUCAUAAACACCUUUGCCUCUCUUCUCAACACCGUCUCCGAUAUGUGGUCAGACAAACCCGCCUUCCGCGAGAUCUUCGAGCAAGCCCGGAGCGUUCUCCGCUUCGUGAGCCGAUCGUGCAAGGACAAGAUUCCCUCCUCCGUCCAAGAUACCCUGCAAUCGACCCUCGAUAAAAUCGACGACCACAUCUCCAAAUCCCGUCUCACUCGUCGCCCGCUUUUACUCCACGACCACCGCCCACUGGCUAUCAAAGCCGCCAUUCCCAAGUUCGAAGAAACCUUCAACCCGGACAAGCACUACGAUCCCAAUCGCGAGCGUGCGGAAGCCAACCGGCUCAAGGCCGAGUACAAGCGCGAGCGCAAGGGAGCUAUGCGGGAACUGCGGAAGGAUGCCAAUUUCGUUGCGCGUGAGAAGCUGCGCGAGAAGAAGGAGCGCGAUGCUGAGUACGAGAGGAAGUACAGACGGCUUGUGGCCGAGGUGCAGAACGAGGAAGGCAGAGAGGCCAAUGCUUACGAAAAGGAGAGGAGACUCCGCCAGGGGAAGCGGUAAUCGUGUCGUUACUGAUGUCUUUCUUACUGGUUCUGGUUGGGUUCCUGGUAUUAUCCUUAUCAUGUUGCUGCUUAGACUUUGCAUGCCAAACAU